AUGCCGCGGUUCGCAGCACAUGCAUUUCGCGCCCAAAAAGGUGGAGACCUAAAACGUUUAUAUCUGGUGGUUCCGUCUCAAUCCCACAAUUUAUACACCAUGAAAACGCCCGGAAUACUAGACAUCAUAAAGCUUCUUUUCAAUCCCAAUGUGUCCAAAAUGAUGAUUUUGCAGAUCGCUUAUGGACAACUUAAAAUCAUUGGGUUGGCCAAGAUUUUGUCUGCGGUUUUGGGUCUGCUUAUUGUUGGUGUGUCUUCGGUAAUUAAGGUGCCCCAAAUCAAGAAGAUCGUGAAGCCGGAAUUGUUACUGAACCGGAUCCAGGUGGCUCAGGGAUUGAGUCUCGAAGGUAUUAGUUUGGAGACACUUAGCAACUGGAUCCAUGUUGCUUACAACAGCCAAAAUAACAACCCGUUCCGCAAUUACGGCGAGUCUCUCUUUGUGGGGGUCCAGAACAUUGCAAUUAUCCUUCUUAUCGACUAUUACAAUGCUCGGAGUCGUCUUGGAGCGGCUGGUCCCGGCGAAGACGACAUCAAGAUUCGCCAAGCUUUGCAAGAGCUAGUGCGCCCAGCGGCUGUAAUUGCAGGCUCAAUUGUGUUCUUGACCAAAUUGGCACCCGAACGGUUGAUUUCCACUUUGCAAAUAGCCAGUAUUCCGAUUUCCAUCGUGUCGAAAUUGCCGCAAAUCCGCCAAAACCACCGUCUCCAGCGUGCCUCACACUUGUCGGAGAUCACAGUCGGCGCCAACUUGAUCGGCUCGUUGAUCAGGGUGUUCACCACCGUCCAGGACUUUGACAAGCUUGGCCGUGACAAGGUUUUGUUGGCAGGAUACGGGCUGUCUUUGGUUUUGAACCUGGUGUUGGCGGGCCAGGUGUGGUACUAUGGCAAGCAGGAGCAACAGGAGAAACAGGAGAAGAAGGACUAG